AAAGAGUUUCACAGCUGAAUCAAUCCACGUUCUUGUUGUGAACCCAAAUCCUUCGUCACUCUCCCUCCGAUCUGAGAGAGAGAGAGAGAGAGAGAGAGAGAGAAGAGAGCGAAAACUCGAACGCGGUGGUUGUUUGCUUGCUUGCCUCGAUCAGUGACGUCAUCGUCGUCGCCAUCUCCGACCGGCCAAUUCCAAUUGCCGCCGUUCAAUCGUCGUCGGUGUCAUCUUUUCUUGGUCCCACCGGCGCUGCACCGUAGCAUUUCUCGGGAUAGAACCGGGAAAGAGAAUUUUUCGGUUCUUGAUGGUCGGAGGAAUUUUAUAGAAGGGGCCGCGGUUGAGUCCGACCUAGUCGACUUGUCCUCGGCACUUGAGCUCGAGUUUCAUCGGCUUCGAAUCCACGCGAAGUUGCUCGCUUUCUGCGAGGAUUUUUCUUUUUUCCGGUCAGCCACGGCGGCGAUGCGAGGAAGUUUGUUUAACCGCCGGACGAUGCAGAGGUUCCGGCAGGUCGCGAUAUCGACCGUCGGAUCGCUGAAGAUCAAGCUUUUGCUCUGCUUUUGCAUCGCGUUGACGCUCAUCGCGCUCGCGAGCCGUGCCCCAGGCUUAUUGGGAUGGACCGGUCAGAGCGUUUCUGAUCCUCCACUCGCUGAUUCACGGAAAGGAUAUGCUAUUGUGAUGAAUACGUGGAAGAGAUAUGAUCUUUUGAAGCAGUCGAUUUCUCACUAUACAACAUGUGAGGGGCUCGACUCUAUACAUAUUGUAUGGAGUGAGCCUGACCCUCCAUCCCAUUCUCUUAGAACGCUUUUAAACCACAUUAUACUGGAAAAUGCUAGAGGUGGGCGGCAAGUUGAACUGAAAUUUGAUAUCAAUAAGGAAGACAGUUUGAACAACAGAUUUAAAGAAAGUAAAGAUUUGAAAGUGGAUGCGGUUUUCUCCAUUGAUGAUGAUAUUAUAUUUCCUUGCUCUUCGGUUGAGUUUGCUUUCAAUGUUUGGCAAAGUGCACCAGAUACAAUGGUGGGAUUUGUGCCCCGAAUUCAUUGGGUUGAUCCAUCGAAAGGCAAUAGGGAUCACUACAUAUAUGGCGGGUGGUGGUCUGUUUGGUGGACAGGGUCUUACAGUAUGGUACUCUCUAAGGCAGCCUUCUUCCACAAAAAGUAUCUAAGUAUGUAUACUAAUGAAAUGCCAGCUUCAAUCAGAGAAUAUACCACCAAAAACAGGAACUGUGAAGAUAUUGCAAUGUCUUUUCUUGUCGCAAAUGCAACUGGUUCUCCCCCUAUAUGGGUGAAAGGCAAGAUAUUUGAAAUUGGUUCAACGGGAAUCAGUAGCCUGGGAGGUCAUAGCGAAAAAAGAACCAAGUGCCUUAAUAGAUUUGUUACUGAGUUUGGGCGAAAUCCUUUGAUAACUACAAAUGUUAAGGCCGUGGAUAGCCGCAAUAUCUGGCUUUGGUAAUACCCAAGUUUUGAUGAUGCUGAAGAGUAGAGCUUACACUUGCGAUUGCCUAGUUCUACUCUUGGUUUAGAGUUGCUGCGUCUCUUCGGGUUUUAGUAUGUAUACUAGUGAAGUCUCUACGUAGUUGGUUUUUUUUUUUUAUUUUUUUUUUUAAGUAGAAACUCAUCAUUUAGUAUAAUAGCUGGUCCUUAUUGGAUUGAUUUCUUGUACUUUUACCAUGUAACACAAGGCAGUUACCGCUUAUGAUAGUUUUACUUUCUCGUGUUAA